AUGGCUGUUCUGGUUGGUUUGCUUUUGUUUUUUAUUGGAACUACACAGAUACAGGCUGACUUUUAUAACACUACACCUGGAACAACAUACAACGUUACAGUUUCUACAGUUUCUUCUUCCACAUACAGUUCGCCUGCCAGUAGAACAGUGACGACAAAUGUCACAAAUCCUGGGCCCCCUGCAUUACUUGCAGGUGAAAGAGUUGGCUCUGCUGGAAUUCUGCUGUCAUGGAAUACACCACAGCAUCCAAAUGGGAGAAUUCUGUCCUACAUUGUUAAAUAUAAAGAGGUCUGCCCAUGGAUGCAAACAGCUUAUACGCAGGUCACAUCAAAACCAGAUAGUCUGGAGGUUCUUCUAACCAAUCUUAACCCUGGAACAACUUAUGAAAUUAAGGUUGCUGCUGAGAACAGUGCUGGUGUUGGAGUAUUUAGUGCUCCUUUUCUUUUCCAGACUGCAGAAAGUGCUCCAGGUAAAGUAGUGAAUCUCACAGUUGAAGCCUUAAAUUAUUCAGCUGUAAAUCUGAUCUGGUUUCUCCCUCGACAACCAAAUGGAAAGAUAACUAGUUUCAAGAUUAGUGUGAAACAUGCAAGAAGUGGAAUUGUAGUGAAAGAUGUCUUGGUCAAAGUAGAAGACCUUCUGUCUGGGAGGUUACCAGAAUGUAAUGAUAACAGUGAAUCAUUUCUGUGGAGUACUACCACUCCUUCAACUACUUUUGGCAAAUCCACAAUUCCUUCAAGUACUACAGUUACAGCAAGUACAGAAGCACCUAGUCAAAUGAGCUCUGUUUGGAACGAACCCAUUAGUUUCAUCAUAACUAACCUGAGGGCAUAUACCACCUAUCUCUUUGAAGUCUCUGCAGUUAACACUGAAGCAGGUUACAUUGACAGCGCAAUUGUCCGAACACCGGAAUCAGUUCCAGAAGAUCCACCACAAAAUUUUGCCAAGAUCAACAUUACAGCAAAGUCUUUCUCAGUGAUGUGGGACCCACCAACCAUAGUAACAGGAAAAUUUAGUUACAGAGUUGAGCUGUAUGGGCCAUCUGGACAUAUUCUGGAUAAUAGUACAAAAGAUCAUAAGUUCGUAUUUCAUAACCUUGUGCCAUUUACAAUGUAUGAUGUGUAUGUCGGUGCAGAGACAAGUGCUGGUGUGGGACCAAAGACAAACCUUACGGUUUUCACUCCUGCAGAUGUCCCAGGUGCUGUAUCUGAUUUACAUCUAGUAGAAGUGGAAGCUACAUAUAUAAAAAUUGUUUGGAGAAAGCCACAACAACCAAAUGGAAUCAUUACCCAGUACAGAGUUAAAGUGCAUGUGCAAGAAGAAGAAGUUACACUGGAAAACAUUAUUCUCACUGGAAAAAAUAAGUAUUUGAUUGAUUCUUUGGAACCAUACAUGAUAAAUGAAAACAUGGAACCUUCUCCCACCUGGAAUUCAAUAGAAACAGCCAAUGAAUUAUAUGAAGGUUCAGGUGAAAUGUUUUCUAGUAUUCAGACAGCUUCCCCGGUGAUAUUUACAAGUGCGUCUGAUGAUCGUUUGCCUGCCAUAAAUGGUCCUUCAGAAUUACAUUCUACUUUGGGUGAUCAGUAUGCCACUGACAUUUUGGGUGAAGAACUGUCCUACGUUAUAAAGGGCCUUGCACCUUUCACAGACUACACAAUCAGUGUGUCUGCUUUCACUGCUAUUGGAGAAGGGCCACCAUCUGUUCUCACAGUCAGGACACGUGAGCAAGUUCCAAGCUCAGUGCAAAGUAUAUCUUAUAAGAAUAUUAGUUCCUCCUCUGUUUUGCUGUACUGGGAUCCUCCAGCAAACCCCAAUGGGAAAAUCAUCCAUUAUACCGUUUAUGCGAUGGAGCUGGAUACAAAAAGAGCAUUCCACAGAACAACUUCAAACAACAGCUUACUUAUGACAGGUUUAAAAAAGUACACCAACUAUAAAAUGAGAGUUGCGGCAUCUACUGUGAUUGGAGAAAGUGCUUUGUCUGAAGAGAAUGAUAUUUUUGUGAGAACCCCUGAAGAUGAACCAGACUCCCCACCCCAAAAUGUAGAGAUAAUAAAUGUAACUGCAACAGAGAUAAACCUGAAAUGGUCACCACCUGAGCAGCCUAAUGGUCUCAUAACUCACUAUGAAGUUCUAUACAGUGAUUCCAGUGAUUUAUUUGUGAGGAACACGUCGUAUACGAAUAUAUCACUUACUGAAAUGAUGCCAUAUACUCUCUACAACAUCUCAGUAAGGGCAUUCACUAGACUUGGCCAUGGGAAUCAGUCAUCUUUCCCACUUCUGGUGAGAACUUCUGAAACUGUUCCCGGUUCUGCACCAGAAAACAUAACUUAUUGGAACGUCUCAUCCACUGAAAUUGAGCUGUCAUUUUUUCCACCAUCCAUCCCCAAUGGCAUCAUACAGACCUACACAAUAUAUCUCAAGAGGACUAAUGGAACUGAGGAAAGAGUUAUAAACACCACUCAUCUGGUACUACGUAUUACAGAUUUGAAGAAAUAUACAGAAUAUAUGAUAGAAGUGUCUGCUAGUACUGUGUUGGGAGAGGGUCUUCGUAGUGCACCUCUGCAUAUACUGACUGAUGAGGAUGCUCCUAGUUCGCCUCCAGAAUCCCUCUCAGUAAAACAGUUGUCGGGUGUCACUGUGAAGUUGUCAUGGAAACCUCCACUGGAGCCAAAUGGAAUUAUCCUCUAUUACACAGUUUAUGUCUGGAAUAAAAUGUCAAAAAGGAGUGUUAAUGUAACAGAAACAUCACUGGAGUUCACAGAUCUGGAAAAUAACUCUGAGUAUAGUGCGUAUGUAGCAGCAAGUACAAGAUUUGGCGAUGGCAACAUAAAAAGUGAUACUGUAAUAUUCAGAACUUCUGAAGGAGCUCCAGGUGAUCCACCAAAAGAUAUUGUGUACAAAAACCUUACUUCCACAUCAAUAAUGCUAUUCUGGUCUCCUCCCCAAAAGCCUAAUGGAAAUAUACGAUACUACUCGGUUUAUUUCAAAAAUGAUUCAGGAAUAUUUGUACAGAAUUUCACAAAUCAUGAUAACGACAGCAAUGUCAAUACGUCCGCAUCUGCAGUUUUGGAUGAUUUGGCCAAAUACAGCCAUUAUACUCUAUGGUUAACUGCAAGUACAGCUCUUGGAGAUGGAAACAAAACCAGUGAAAUAAUAGAUGUGUAUACAGAUCAGGAUAUCCCAGAUGGUCCUGUUGAAAAUCUGGUCUAUCAAAACAUUUCCUCAUCUUCUGUAAAUGUAAGCUGGCUUCCACCAUCCCAGCCAAAUGGUUUAGUGUUCUUUCAUGUUUCACUAAGUUUAUUACAGCUGGGAACCAAUAAGAUAUUGUCUUUUCUUACUUACAAUACAAGCAUCAUUUUUGACAAUCUGGAGAAAUACACUGAUUAUGUUCUGAAAAUCACACCAGCUACUGAUAAAGGAUCUUCUGAACUUCAUGCUCUAAGUCUGCAUAUAAGAACUGAUGAAGAUGUCCCAGAAUCAGCACCUGUAAUCAAAACAUUUUUAAAUCUCUCAACUACCUCAGUGAUGCUUUCAUGGGAUCCUCCUGAUAAGCCAAGUGGUAUUAUAAUAAGUUAUGAUUUAAAUUUGUUUGGGUCAGAGAAGAAUAUUUCAUUCUCUACCACCAAUAAUUUUAUCAUCUUGGAAGACCUUGUACCAUCCACCUUAUAUAGUAUUUACACAGCUGCAAGAACUAUAAAAGGAUCUGGUCCAUCUUCUGUGCUUCAUUUCUAUACGGAUGAGUCAGUGCCAUUAGCUCCACCGCAGAAUUUGACCAUUACCAACUACACUGCAGAUUCUGUGUGGCUAAAAUGGGAUCCGAGUCCUCAGCCAAAUGGCGUUAUUACAAGGUAUAAUCUAAAGAUUUAUCAAAACGACACUGAAAAAAUAUUUUUUCAGAAUAUUUCAGGUUCAAACAAUGAGGUAAAGCUCGAUGGAUUAAAACCAUUCAGCACUUAUUUUAUCACUGUUUCUGCAUUUACAAAACUUGGAAACGGCAAUCAGUUCAGUAAUGCUGUCCAGUUUACAACAAUGGAAUCAGCACCAGAUAUUGUCCAGAAUGUUCAUUGUAUUGCGACAAGUUGGGAAUCGAUCUUCGUGCAGUGGGAGCCUCCUGCUUCAUCCAAUGGUGUGAUUACCUAUUACAUUGUAUCAGUUGAAGGAAGUUCUACAAUUUUUUCACCUAAUAUUACACUUCAUACUUUCCAAAAUCUGCUUUCAAAUAUUUCUUACCAGUUUAAAAUAAAAGCUGCAACAUCUGCUGGUGAUGGUGAAGAACAGAUAUGCAAUGCCAGUACACUUCCAGAAGAAGUUCCCAGUGCUCCCAGGGAUAUUGUUUUUUCCAACGUGCAAUCAACAAGUGUGACUUUGAAUUGGAGGUCACCGAAAUUGGUUCCUGGCUACUUUCAAAACUACAGGAUUACCACACAGCUACAGUCUAUCCACUGCAGUAACUGGGAAACUAAGGAAUGUAUUGAAGAUGAGAUUCAUCAGUAUUUAUAUGACAAAGCAGUCAGUGCCCAGAUAGAAGAGACGGUGUAUGGACUAAAAAAAUACAGAUGGUACAGAUUUGCAGUUGCUGCCAGUACGAAUGCUGGAUAUGGAAGUUCUUCUCCUUGGAUUUCUACACAAACACUUCCUGGCUCUCCAGAUGGUCCUCCAGAAAAUGUGACAGUGUUAGCUACAUCUCCUCACAGUAUCAAUAUCAGCUGGAGUGAACCUGUUGUCAUUACUGGCCCAACACGCUAUCUCAUAGACAUUACCUCAGUAGAUAAUGAAAAUUAUAAAGCCCAGUUUCUGAGGACGAAUGAUGAGGGUAAAAUAUUAGAAAUUUCUGAUUUAAAAGCAUUUACAAGGUAUUCUGUAGUAAUCAUUGCCUUUACGGGGGAUGUUAAUGCUGCAGCCAUUGAAGGCAAAGCUAGUUCUCCAGUAAUUGUCUCCACUUUUGAAGCAGUACCUGAAGACCCACCUAACAACAUAACAUUUCAGAAGAUACCUGAUGAGGUAACAAAGUUCCAAGUGACAUUUGUGCCACCGUCUGAACCAAAUGGGAAUAUUCAGGUAUAUCAAGCUAUGGUGUACAAUGAAGAUGAUCCUGCUGCUAUCCGGAUCCACAACCUUAGUGUCAUUGAUAAAACAGAUCAGUCAGUCACAGCCAUGAUAGAAGGACUGAAAGGAGGACAUACGUAUAACGUCAGUGUGUAUGCAAUUAAUGGUGCUGGUGCAGGGCCAAAAAUUCAGUUGAAAAUAACCAUGGAUAUCAAAGAACCACCAAGGCCUAAAAAGAAACCAACACCUGUUUAUGAUGCCAACGGGGCCUUACUUGUCACAGCAACAACAAUUACAAUCAGAAUGCCAGUAUGUUAUUACAGCGAUGAUCAUGGACCUAUCAAGAAGAUACAAGUUCUUGUUGUGGAAGCUGGAGCUCAGCAUGAUGGAAAUGUUACUAAGUGGCAUGAUGCAUACUUCAACAGACCAAGGCCAUAUUUUACAAAUGAAGGCUUUCCAAACCCACCAUGUAUAGAAGGAAAGGAAGAUCUGAGUGGUAAAGAAGAAAUAUAUGUUAUAGGUGCUGAUACGACAUGUCUGAUACCAGGCAGCAAAGACAAAAUAUGUAAUGGCCCACUGAAACCAAGAAAGCAGUACCUAUUCAAGUUCAGAGCAACGAAUGUUAAAGGACAGUUUACAGAUUCUGACUAUUCUGACCCUGUCAAAACUUUAGGUGAAGGGCGGUCAGGAAGAUCUGUGGAAGUUAUCCUUGCAGUUACUUUGUGUAUACUUUCAGUUGUUCUUCUGGUGGCUGCAGUCUAUGCUUUUGCAAGAAUUAGGCAAAAGCAAAAAGAGGGAGGGACGUACUCCCCACGAGAUGCUGAAAUUAUUGACACUAAGUUCAAACUGGAUCAGUUGAUUACAGUGGCAGACCUGGAGCUGAAGGAUGAGAGAUUUACACGGCCAAUAAGCAAGAAAUCCUUCCUACAACAUGUUGAAGAGCUUUGUACAAACAACAACCUAAAGUUUCAGGAAGAAUUUUCGGAACUUCCUAAGUUUCUUGAAGACCUUGCUUCAACUGAUGCUGAUCUACCUUGGAACAGGUCUAAGAAUCGUUUCCCAAACAUUAAGCCAUAUAAUAACAACAGAGUGAAGCUGAUGCCUGAUGCUGGUAUUCCUGGAUCUGACUACAUUAACGCCAGCUAUGUAUCUGGCUACUUAUGUCCAAAUGAAUUUAUUGCAACUCAGGGACCUUUACCAGGAACAGUGGGUGAUUUCUGGAGAAUGGUGUGGGAGACCAGAGCAAAAACUCUAGUGAUGCUUACGCAAUGUUUUGAAAAAGGACGGAUAAGAUGCCAUCAGUACUGGCCAGAAGAUAAUAAACCAGUGACUGUGUUUGGGGAUAUAGUGAUUACUAAAUUGGUGGAAGAUAUUCAGAUAGACUGGACCAUCAGAGAUCUAAAAAUUGAAAGGCAUGGAGACUGCAUGAUGGUGCGGCAGUGUAACUUUACCUCGUGGCCAGAACAUGGAGUCCCUGAAACUACUGCACCAAUUAUCCACUUUGUAAAACUUAUCCGUGCAAGUCGAGCACAUGAUAAUACGCCGAUGGUGGUUCACUGCAGCGCUGGUGUUGGAAGGACAGGUGUUUAUAUUGCUCUUGACCAUUUAACACAACAUAUAAAUGACCAUGAUUUUGUGGAUAUCUACGGCCUUGUAGCUGAGUUAAGAAGUGAAAGAAUGUGCAUGGUGCAGAAUCUGGCACAAUAUAUCUUUUUGCAUCAGUGUGUCCUGGAUCUGCUGACAAGCAGGGGAAGUAGCCAACCAAUCUGUUUUGUAAAUUAUUCAGCGCUUCAAAAGAUGGACUCUCUGGAUGCCAUGGAAGGUGAUGUGGAGCUUGAAUGGGAAGAAACUACCAUGUAAAUACUAAGACUAAAUAUUAAAGAUGAGAUUUUGAAAGUCAAAGUCAUAUUUUUCUAAGCAAAAGGGCCAAAGUACACUCCCCUAUUUUGAUGAUUGAAACAGACACAAACAAUUGAAACAGCUCUUCUCCUAUCAAUGUGCCUUCAUAAGUAUGUUGAAGUAUUUUAUUCAGAUCACUGAGCAAUAAUGCUAUGAAGUACUUUUGCACAGACUGCACUUCUGCUGUUAUAUGAGUACUAUACUCAGUAUGUACGUAUUUAAAUAGGAAGUGUUUGAACAUAUUCCUUUUUUCCAUUUAUCUUUGUAAAUGAGGAAAAAUGAGCCAAAGAAGAUGUCAAAAAAAAUAAUUGUAUUCCUGGUGAACUUAUUUUUGUGUGAAUUUGCUGUGUUCAUUGUGUUUUGGUUUUAAGUAAAAGUUACAGUUCCUUGAA